GGCAUUGUCAUGCAAAUAAAGAACGCGUAAAAUAUUCCCCCGGAGCGCAGUGCAGGGCAGAGACUCACACGGACCGCUCGGAGGACACAGACCAGGCCACACGGUGGAUUUCUAUCGUUUUCGUCGCUAGCGACCCGUCCAUCUAUCACAGACACCCUGGCCACGCGAGCAGCGGAAUUUCCAUGGACGUGUAGCCAGGAAACAGGUCGGAACGUUCAAGGAAAACCUGUGGGGAUCCAACAGCAAGACUAUCCCGUGGAGAUAGUGGUCAUAGUUCCAGUUUCCCCAAGUGAAGUCGGAGUUGUCUCUUUUCUCCAUCCUCUGCUACAGGCUACCUGCUGCUGCUAAGGAGAGAGAGUCCGGGGGAAGCGUAACACCUAGAGACCCCCUGGAUCGCUUGAAAACACCCCAUAUGAUUUAGGGAUUUUAGGAUCUCUCAACUAUUGACAUUUUGCACACCAAGUGUGUUAUUUCGUCUCUUGUCCUUUUUGGGAUAUACAUACACAGUGAUCUUACCUGUUUAGCAUUUAAAGUGCCUUAAUAACUGGUUAUAAUCCAGUGUAACUGUGGCAUUGUUACCAGACCAGAGACACUCAACAGGGAGAAGACGAUUAUUAUCAGCUUUAGAGCCCAGGCAGGAUUACUGUUUCCCCACACCCUCCAGCGAGCUGCAACCAUGAGCCAGGCGGAUGUGUCGACUUGCUCCGCGCCGCAGAGGGUUUUCCAGGAGGCGGUCAAGAAAGGCAACACCAAGGAGCUGCACUCUUUGCUGCAAAACAUGACAAACUGCGAGUUCAACGUCAACUCCUUCGGGCCAGAGGGCCAGACUGCGCUCCACCAGUCGGUCAUUGACGGGAACCUGGAGCUGGUAAAACUGCUGGUGAAGUUUGGUGCAGAUAUCCGGCUGGCCAACAGGGAAGGGUGGAGUGCUUUACACAUCGCCGCCUUCGGGGGCCACCAAGACAUUGUGCUAUACCUCAUCACCAAGGCCAAGUACUCCUCUGGCGCCCGGUGAUCUGUCUCUGCUGUCAGGUAAAAAGAAAAGAAAAGAAAAGAAAACAACAACAAAAAACAAUUCAACAACUACAACAAAAAGAGAAACUCCAUAAAAAAAAUACAACACACGGGAAAGCCAGGCUCUUGUAAAAGAAAAAAAAACUGCCAUUUAAGUACAUAGUUGUGCCAAAUUAUAUAAUAAAUAAAAUUAAACCAGGCUUACACAAUAAACAGUCAUUCAAAGACUAAUGGGGCCCUGUCUUUGCCUCAUGAGUGCAACACAGCACGGUUGAUACACAGCGCGCAUCGGCUUCAACACGAAUCUUUAACAAAAGAAACACCACUUUGGUGAGUUUGUUGGUACUAAAGCUUUCCUCUUGAAUGUGUAUACUAGAUUGUUUCGUCCAGUAUAAUAGAAGCCAAUCGCUGUGUAUUAUGUGUGUGUGUGUGUUUGGACUCCUGAGCGCGGAUGGCCUCCCAUCCUCAGUGCAGUUGAGUAGUUUCCCUACAGGAGCUCAGAUUUGACCAGUUGCUCCUCAUUGUUCACCUGUAAGACCCUUUUUAAGUUAUUUUAUGUAAAAUACGGCACUUGAUGCUAUGGCUGCAUGCUGGAAUAUCUGAAAGGGAAGACACAUGAACAAGAGAAGAAGGGUUGCCCUCUGUUGGCUACUAGAGGUCUAUUUUCUUUUUAUAAAUUAAUUGAUUUGAUUUUUUUUUUUUCCUCAAAGAGCGGCAUUAUAUCCAACUCGCUUUUCAGAUGUGUAAUCAUUAUGUAACAACAAUUGACUUCAACGAUGUUGUGAAGUACUGUACACAAUAGCUUUACUUUGUUUCUGUUUAAAAAAAAAAAAAAGAAAGAAAAGAAAAAGAAAAGAAAAGACAGUAGCUGAAUACGCUCUGCCUCCUGCAAGCAGAUUUUGCCAUGCUGGCGUCCAACUUUUUCAGGCCAGUGCGACCACUUUGCCAAUGGUCAUUGUGUUACUAAAACCGCUGCUUUCGCUUUGUAUCAAAAAAAAAGUCGCAUUUGGAAUUCACUUUAUAAUCUCCUUUCAGUAUUUUAUUAACAUCCUAGUCAUCACUGUGAAAGCAGGCUGGGUUUUUUAUUUAUGAAGGUACAUUGAGAAGAUGCAUUUUUGAAUAUAUUGUGGUUCUUCUUAAAAAAAAAAAAAAUCUAUAAGUUUAAGAAUAUCUUGGGUGACUCAAGCUGCUUCAGACUCGUAGUAUAAACUGUCCCGCGUGGAGGUAGACCUGACACUCCCCCCCAGUCAUCCCAAAAACCCCUCAGUUAGCCUGUUGACCCACAAGAGAACUUUUCUCCCCCUCCCAAGGACUUUGUUUGGUUGCCUUUUGCCAACUACCUCGACUAUAAAGUAUUCUCAAGUUAUUCAAGUCUCUCACCACUCUGCCAAGUUGUUUGGAGUCUGAAGAGAUUCCCACUCUGCCUGUGAUCAUCAGCAUGCCAGUAUGUUUUUGCUAUGUAUUCUAACAGAUGGACUUCACAGCCUGCAGAAGAUGGCUUCAUCCAUGCAAUGUACUCAUCACACCCAUUCCUGAAUCCUCAGUCGGGACAGUUUAUUUUACACUACAACCAAACCAAUUCUGACAAGCAAAGCAUCAAUUUGCCUUUCUAUAAGGUAGCCUAUGAUUUUCACACACACACACACACACACACACACACACACACACACACACACACACACACACACACACACACACACACACACUGCAAUUGUUGCAUGUUUUCCCUAUAAAUCUACUUUGCUCUUUCUCUCUCUACAUCAGCCGUAUGCCUAUGGUCGUUUUUGUUUUAAAGUUUCUAUUUUCAUUCAUACAAAAUGGACUUUUUAUCGCAUGACUUAUAAACGCAGGGAGUUUUAUUGCACAAAAUGCGGAGCCUUGUGCGCCCCCAGUGUUUCUACGGGGUAACUGCAGGAGCCAAGGCUUUGGAAUAGUUACUACUACUGAGCAGGACCCUAUUACUGUUGGAUGAUGAAGACUUAAUAACAACACAUGACUAUUGCAGGAUAUCACAGAGAAAAAGGAAAGGAAAGGAAAGGAAAAAAAAAAAGAAUUUGGUUUCAAAAACUUGCCUGCUGCAUUUUGAAAGUCAUGGCACCCUAACAUUUGUAUCAAUGCUGCUUGUAUGUUUCUUUUGUUUUUGUUGAUGUUAUUUUUUUAAAGCCUACUGCUCAAUGGCCAACAGUUAGAGAUAGAAGCUUCACAGCAUCACUGGGUCAUUUCAUGGGAAGCUGUUGGGAUGUGUGUGUGGGUGUGUUUUUUUGUUGUUGUUGUUGUUGUUUUUAUAUUGGUGUGUAUGUGUGCGUGCAUGUAUUUGUUGUCUUCUUAUGAUGUCCCAUGUUGCUGUGUUUAUCAGUCAUAGACACCAACGACUGAGAUCUUCCCACUUUAAACCUGGAACAACCACGAGUAACUAAAGCGAUAGAUCCACAUACAUCAAGGUAUAGAUUGGUAUCAAGCAACAAAUGAAAUAUGCAUCGCUUGUCUUAAACUUGAUGUUUUUUUAUUUUCUUUUUUUUUUGUUUGAAUAUUGCACUGAUGACUGUUGUUGAAAAGUUGGCUUUUAUAUGUCAACAUUUUAAUUUUUUUCUGAAUAGAAAAAAAAACAAACACAACAAAAUACUAUUGUAUAAAGAUAUGCUCCAGGUGAUAAUGUCCUAAUGUGUGUGUUACUUUGUGGAAAAACGUGCUGUUUUUUAACAAAGAUGCGUGUAUCUCUGUGAUUGGGUGUAUGUAUAUAUACAUAUGGAUAUAUAUAUCGACGCUGAUGAUGAUGGUGAUGAUGAUAUCUUGGGGCACUUUCUUUUCUGAAGUGCUGUCUUCCUGUUUUUUGAAAGGGGAAUAAUACAUUUGAUGGUAAGAUCAUUGUAACAUGAUUAAAAAUUGCACGGUUGUGUGGUUGUUCGGCUCACCAGGGUCAUAACAUUUAUGACGUAAGGAGCUGGCCGCCGGAUUGGUGUACAUGAGUGAGAUGAUUUUUUUUUUUUUUUUUUUUUUAAGUGCUGACUUCUUUGGACCAAGUUGUGUUUCUGGUCUUGCUUCAUUUCAAGCAAGAGGAAACAGUUGAUUUUCAUGAGUGAUGCAGAUGUUCCAUCAUGUUUGAUUUUUUGGGUUUCCUUUUAUUUUUUUUAUUUUUAUUUUUUUGUUUUAUAUUCUUUUGUUUUGUUUUUGAACGUUUGUAACACUGUGAUGAUGACGUGCGAUGUGGAGAUGAGUGCUGUAUUAUUUUUGUACGUUUGUGUACAAGCCAGUAAAGAAAUCAUUAAACUCAAA